GUCAGACAGGUCUGCUGACGGAGGAGGACUGUCGGAGGCAUCGUGUGCUCCGCUCCUAUCUCUAUAUCGGAGGGACCGGGAGGGCUUUUGCACCUCCCGCCUCCGGUCUGCAUGGCGUGGCGUUUCCCCGGUUGCAGCGAGUCCCGCUUUUCUUCUUCCCAGCCCGGCGCGGCGCAAUGAGCCUAAGGGUGGCCUAGGAGGUGGUUUCCUCCUCUGCAAAAAAGGGACCGAGAGGUUCUUGCCCUUCCCGACUCUCUCCCAUCCACUUUUUUUCCCUUUUUUUUGGCACAAGGCUUUGUAAUGUGGGAAUGUAAAUAAUAUGAGUUUAUCAUACAACUGUGUUUGUUGUGCGUGGAGAAAGAAACCUGCAGCAUGUCGAAAAGCCACAAGCAGCCAUCCGUGGCCUUCGGUCAGGUAGUGAUUGGGCCUCCUGGCUCUGGGAAAACCACCUAUUGUCAUGGCAUGCAGGAAUUCCUCUCUGCAAUUGGGCGCAAGGUAGCUGUGGUGAACCUGGACCCAGCGAAUGAAGGGAUUCCGUUCCAGUGUGCUGUAGAUAUCUCUGAACUGAUCACCUUGGCUGAUGUGAUGGAGAAUUUGAAACUUGGCCCCAACGGUGGCUUAAUCUACUGCAUGGAGUACCUAGAGGCGAAUUUUGACUGGCUGCAGGAGAAACUGGACCAACUGAAAGGACAUUACUUCUUGUUUGAUUGCCCCGGACAAGUGGAGCUCUGCACCCAUCAUAAUUCAUUGAGAAACAUCUUUGCUCAACUUGCUAAGUGGAAUUUCAGGUUGGCUGCUGUUCAUCUGGUAGAUUCGCAUUACUGCACCGAUCCUGGCAAAUUCAUCUCUGUUCUCUGCACUUCCCUUGCCACAAUGCUGCACGUGGAGUUGCCCCACAUCAACAUCCUCUCCAAAAUGGACCUUAUUGAGCAGUAUGGGAAGUUAGCAUUUAAUCUAGAUUAUUACACAGAGGUUCUUGAUCUGUCCUACUUAGUGGACCACUUGGCCUCAGAUCCAUUCUUCAGGAACUACCAACGCCUGAACGAGAAGCUGGUGGGAGUGAUUGAAGACUACAGUUUGGUCUCUUUUGUUCCUCUCAAUGUCCAGGACAAGGAGAGCAUGCGGUGUGUGAUGCAGGCAGUGGACAAAGCCAAUGGUUACUGUUUUGGGGACUCUGAACACAGAAACCUCAAUGUCUUGAUGUCGACAGCAAUGGGAGCUGAUUUUCAAUUUACAUCCACCCUGGCAGUCCAGGAGAAGUAUGUGCAGCCAGAGGAGAAAACGGUGGAGCAGGAAACUUUAGACAUGGAACUUGCCAGUUAACAGCAGUCACUGAAGGAGGGUCCAAAGUGGUCUCUCAGGAAGAGCAGCCGGGAGCGGUGCUCCCUCUGAGGGAUUCCCAGGUUUGGUGCAGGAAUGAACAGGCCACCAUUACUGAGUUCCUUCUAAUUCUGGUGUAAUGAGGAGCCAGGUGUUUCUGAUAAGAAACUUGUACGGUUGAUGACCAAAGAGCAGCUGGCAAGGUGAUACGAUUUGGCACCUGCUAGUUGUCAGAGAUGACCGUUCAGUGCUAGCAAAAUUGUUGUCCUAGAACAGGGGUCCCCAGACUUGGCAACUUUAAGAAGCAUAGCUGGCUGAGGAAUUCUGGGAGUUGAAGUCCACAAGUCUUAAAAGUUGCCAAGUUUGGAGACCUCUGGCCUUGGACAGAGCAUUAUCCUGCUUUAUUUCACUGAGAAGCUUUUGAGAAUUCUCUCUGCUACCAUUCCACAACUGGGAGCCUUCCAAAUGUUUCGGGGGGGGGGACGGGACGGGACGCUUUUACUAAUGAUAUUCUUUGGCCAUCAUCUCAAAGGGAAUCGUUGGGAAAGGCUGCUGUGUUCUGUCAGAUCUCUUUCUUCGUGAUCUGUUUGGUGGUCUGACCUGCUUCUGGCUGCUUUGGAUUGUGAUGAUGAGGAAAAGCAUGAGAUCUGGGUAUUGUUGAGAAGGGUAUCUUUUGAGGCUUUUUUUUUUUUUGAUGCUGCCAAAGAUUUUGGAUUUUGGAGAGAGGAAUGCUAAAUAAAGAAGUUUUUGAACCUUCUUUUUCCAACUUUGGUGCAUUUGUAUGAUACUUUAUAUAGACAGACAAGCUUGGAACAGUGGGAAUUCCCCCUCUGCAAUAUAUGGGGUAGAAGAGAAAACCAGUAUUUGCAGAUUUUUUAGGUGCAGUAUAAAACAGCCAGACUGAAUCAAAAACAUCAAACACCCCUGGUUGCUGCCAUGUUUUCCAAGUUAGUGGAAACUUGGAAGUCAAGAGCUACUGGCAAAAUCAAGGCAUUAACUUUCCAAGAUAGCGCCAUGUUAGUGCCAUACCGAUAGUGAGUUGAAGUCCACACAUCAAAAUGUCCCAUGUUUGAAAAACAUUCAUUUAAAAAGUCCACAUUGGUAUGGGUGCAAUAACUUCUUCCUGCACAUGUAGAAUUCGAAGCUUUCACUCUACUGGAUUUGUAUAACCUGUUUUAAAACCUGAAUUGGCCUCAUUGUUAAGACCCAUUGAUUUUUUGCACUGAUGUGAAGAAGUACUAUUAUAAUCCAUCUCAGAUCCUUCACUGUCAUUGAACCUCCCUAGAUUCUCAUUUUACAAGAAAAAGAAAAUAACUUCAUUUGAAUUACUUUCUUCCCAUGAAGCAUACUUUGUGUAUCACCAUGUCUGUUCUUCUCUUGCCAUUUAUUUCUGAAUAAAAUAUCUCUAAAACA